UAGAUUUGCAUAACAAAAGCUGUGCAAUGAACGAUAACAUUUCGGCUGCGCCAGUAAUUUUUGACUAAGACUUAUCUAAAGGCGUUGUUCUCCUUGCAUUUGGUGUCAUUUCACAAUUAAUAUCUGCCCCGUAGCUCGGCCCAAAUCACUGCUACGUUACUGCAAUGGAUGAUACUGUUGAGCUGACUUACAAGAAGAAAAAAAAGCAGCGAAGGGUUCGCUGUAUCGGUGCAAUUGUCGCUGUUAUUCUUGUAUUUAUCAUUGGGUUCUUGAUCGGAUACUUUGCAAAGAAAACUAAAAGAGAAGACCAUGAAAAGGAGCGGCCAAAUGGGCACGAUAAGAAAGCCGAAAUGCAAAAAAAGCACAAGGAUAUGAUGCGCUUUCAUGAGAUGUUCCAAUCGACUGUCAAAGCAGAAGCCCUCGAAGGGAACCUCAAGUAUUUCUCUGAAAAACCCCAUAUCGCGGGCUCACCACGCCAGAAAGAACUUGCCAACGAACUUGAAAGGCGUUUUAAGGAAUAUGGAUUUGAUAAAGUUGAAAAGCCAGAGUAUCAAGCACUGUUGUCUAAACCAGACUUAAUCAAGAAAACGAGGAUUACUAUCAAAUACAAGAACGGUACUGUCAUUUACCAAGUCAAGGGAGAAGAACAGGAGGGAGGAUCACAACCUGGAGUCGUUCAGCCCUUCCUUGGUUACAGUCCGAGCGGGCAUGUCAAGGGUGAACUUGUGUACGUUAAUUAUGGUCAGGUUGACGACUUCAAGCAGCUCAAAAAACUCGGCGUCAAUGUGACCGGAAAAAUUGCCAUCAUGAGAUAUGGGAAAAUAUACCGGGGAAAUAAGAUUGCUAAUGCGCAUAGCUACGGUGCAAUAGGAGCCAUCCUCUACUCGGAUCCAGCGGAUUACGCCAUGGAGGGUGGAGAGGAGGAGAAUACAUACCCUAACAAGGCGUGGCUUCCUGCCAGUGGGGUGCAGCGGGGAUCCCUGUAUACAAUGCCUGGGAGUGGAGACCCCCAAACCCCUGGUAUAGCAGCACUUACAGGGAUGUACCGAAGGCCGCGAAAUGAAAGCGAGCUUCCUCCAAUCCCGGCGCAUCCUAUGGGAUACGGAGAUGCCAUUAAUUUUUUGCAAGAAAUGUCAGGAUCAGUGGUGCCUGAAAAAUGGAAAGGAACCCUUGGUAUCACCUAUCAUCUUGGACCAGAGUUCAACAGGGGCGAAGUCGAAGUUGAAUUGAACGUCAGUAACAACCUGGAAGAAGUGCCCAUUUAUAAUGUAAUAGGAACGAUCUACGGGAAGGAGGAACCGGACAGGUACGUGCUCAUUGGUAAUCACAGAGAUGCCUGGGUGCACGGAGCAAUUGACGCUUCUACCGGGACCUCUGUGACCGCUGAGAUCGGCCGUGUGCUUGGAGAAUUGUUAAAAACAGGAUGGAGACCACGUCGAACAAUCAAGAUUUGCAGCUGGGGAGGAGAAGAAUACAGUCUCAUUGGAUCAACGGAAUGGGUUGAGCAGCACCAGAAAGAGCUUGGUGAGCGAGCCGUGGUCUACCUUAACACCGACACAAUUGUGUCUGGCAGUUACGUCCUGAUAGCCUCCGGCAGUCCGUUAGUCAAGAACACCAUCGUGGAUUUCAGCAAGAAGGUGGACGAUCCCAACGCACACGAUGACAAAAAAACCGUGUUCGAUAUUUCACUCGAACGCAACCCGUCUAAAAACAAUCCAGGGAAACCGGCUGUUGGCAAUUUGGGUUCUGGUAGUGAUUAUGCCUCAUUCUAUCAGUACGCAGGCGUCCCUUCAGCCGAUUUUUACUACAUUUUUGGCUACAAAAACAAAACGGUGUUCUACCCGGUCUACCACUCACAGCACGAUACGUUUAAUUGGACUGUAAAGUUCGUGGAUCCAAAAUUCUUGUUCCAUAAGGCUAUGACCCAACUUACCGGCGGACUACUGUUACAAUUCGCAGAUGCACCGCUUCUGAAGAUGGAUGUGAUGACGUAUGCCGAAGCUCUGAAUAACUCUUUGAAUUCCCUGAUUUCAGAAUACCCGAAGAAGCUGAAAGACUACGCUGGAUCGAUGGACUACUUAAGAAUGGCAGUUGAAAAGUUCUACGACACUGCGAAGACCUUUUCGACAGCCAGGGAAAAAGUCGAGGAAAAACUCGAGAAGUACGAGGAGACUAGUUUUGCAGAACUGCGCAGGCUCAAUGACCAAAUGAUCCAGGUGGAGAGAGCUUUUAUCCACCCCUAUGGCCUGCCGGAAAGACGCCUGGUUCGUCACGUGAUCUUUGCUCCCAGCAAGUACAAUUUGUACGGCGCUUCUAAUUUUCCAGGUGUCAGUGAUAUCCUCUUCAAACUCGACGAGACCAAAGAUUAUGCUGGGGUGGAUCGUCAGAUAUCGAUCGCUAGACAAGCCAUACUAGGAGCUGUUGAUAUUUUGACUCUCAUCAAGAGUGGAUAAUAACCUUGCUUUA